AUGAUUCCUUCAAGUCAACAGUCUCGAUUACGAAUUGCUUUAGUGUUGAUGAUAUUUCAACAAUUAACUGGUAUAAAUGCUGUGCUCUUUUUUGCUGAAUCCAUUUGUCUCAUUAGCAAUGUAUCAUCACCACCUCUGUGUGCUUUUUUUAUAGGCUUGUUCCAAAUGAUAUUUACUAUUUUAGCAAGUUUUAUUAUCAAUUUGAUACGUCGAAAAACUUUACUUAAGUUUAGUGCUUUUAUCAUGGCGAUAGCGUUACUAGCUUAUGGUAUUACAAUUUCUACUUAUUCAUUCAAUUCAAUAAUUACUGAAUUUUGGAUUCUCUUAUUUAUAUUCGGUUAUUCCAUUGGAUGGGGACCAUUACCAGUACUUGUUAGUAUGGAAUUAUUUCCAGUUGAUAGUCGUGGAAAUGCUAUCAGUGCUGCUAUUGCUGUAAAUUGGAUCUCGGCUUUUAUAAUUACAGAAAUAUUUAAAAUAAUGAGUGGUUUAAUUGAUCCUGCCGUAUUGUUUAUCACAUUUUCAAUGUGUUGUUUCAUAUCAAUAGGUUAUGUGCAAAAAUAUUUACCAGAAACUAGUAGUCAAACAACUGGAUCAACUGGAGGUGGUGAUAUUUUACUAUCAUCAUCUUAUAAAUCACAAUUAAGUGCUUGA